AUGGACAAGUUGGAGAAUGUUCAGUUCACUGCUGAGGAAGUUCAAGCAAUCACCACAGUGGCAAACAACGCCGAUCUCUUGACCACUGCUCAUGCAUAUCCCUCCAGGUCAAUUUGUCACGUGAUCGACAAUGGGUGUAAGGGUAUUGAACAUGGAUACUUUAUCGGCGAACCGACAGCUCAGCUCAUGGCGGGGAAGCGAGCAUUUUUGACACCAACAUUGGUCACAUACUCCGAGAUGAAUGAUUGGUCAGGAUAUCUACCUCCCGAGAGCGCAAAGAAGAAUAGUGUGGUUCUAGAAGCUGGAAUCCGCUCGCUGAAGAUUACCAAAGGUGCUGGUGUCACGAUCUGUUUCGGGACCGACCUGCUUGGGCCUUUGACUAGUGCUCAAACCAGAGAGUUCACCAUACGCUCGGAGGUUCUUUCGCCUGUUGAGCUGCUCCGUACCGCCACCACUAAUCCGGCCCGCAUGUUACGAUGUGAAGGCACACUUGGUCAGAUCAAGUCAGGUUUCGUUGCAGAUAUGCUUGUGCUCAAUGAGAACCCAUUGAAUGAUAUCACAAUCUUGGAUCGGCCGGUGGAUUAUCUUCUUGCAGUCAUAAAAGAUGGGAGAGUUUGCCAUAGUCGUUGGUCGAAACUGUCAGUCGACACCUCAAAAGCUAUGCCGUUGCUUGCAUAG